UAUCGUCGUCCGCAAUUAACAAGUUAAAGAUUUUGUAAUAAUCAUCAUUUCAUUGAUUGUAUUUGUGCGCCGCACGUACGUGAAUUGAUUCCGACUCAAAUAUUCCAUAAAACAUAUCAUAAUGGCUAAAGCUGUCUGUGUUCUUAAGGGUGAUGUCAGCGGCAGCAUUUUCUUCGAGCAAAGUAAUGCGACUGCCCCCGUGACUGUGUCCGGAGAGAUCACCGGACUCUCCAAGGGCAAGCACGGCUUCCACAUCCACGAGUUCGGGGACAACACCAACGGCUGCACCUCCGCCGGCGCGCACUUCAACCCGCUGCAGCAGACACACGGCGCGCCCAGCGACGCCGUCCGCCAUGUCGGAGACUUGGGCAAUGUGGAGAGCGAUGGAGGCGUGACUAAGGUGUGCAUCCAAGACAAGCAGAUCUCCCUCACAGGAGCGCACAGCAUCGUGGGCCGCACGCUGGUGGUGCACGCGGACCCCGACGACCUCGGCGCGGGAGGCCACGAGCUCAGCAAGACCACGGGCAACGCGGGCGCGCGCAUCGCCUGCGGGGUCAUUGGACUGGCUAAGGCUUAGGUGUUAGCGGGUUAGGGGGCAAACAUUGGAAACGAGCAAUAAUUUGGCUAAAAUCGGCAUAAAUGUUAUUAAGGUGCUGUUAUAAAGAAGCAGUCUAAUUAAAUAAUAACUCUGGGAGGUACUGAUUGGUACAGCAUAAAAGCUAACUAUUCAGAUUUGUUUCAUUGUAAAAGUUCCCUAAGAAAUAAGUGCCAGUGAUAGUAGAUGUUUGUCUCAUACUCGUAGUUAUGUGUGAGGUGUUUUAAGUGAUCGAUUUGUGGAUGUGAUGGAUAUCAAAAAGCGUAAUAUGUAGUUCUACCUAGUGAAAAAAUAUCUCAGUGCUAAUAAUAAGGUAAAAUAAAGCACUUAUAAUCAGGCGUGUAUAAAAUUAUAUUUAUAGUAACUGCUUGGUGUAGGGCCAACCCUUGUAUUUUCUUGUUUUGUCAUAAAAGCAUAAUAAACUGUGACAAAUCU